AGUUUUUCCUUUUCUCUAUUUAUAUGCAUUAUAUAUCAAGAAGAAACAGUUGAUAUAAGAUAACAAUUUGUAAUAUUUAUUAAACCGAAAAAACCGGUGUUUCUCAAUAAUUCUAAAUUCAAAACCGGAAUUAUAGUUACGCAAUGUUUACGUUUAAACAUGAUAGUAAUGAUACGCAAUUUAUCAAAAUUUUAUUAAUAUGAAAGUAUAAUUCUUGAAUAUUGCAGAAUUACAAAUGCAGAAUUAAUUUAAAGUGAAAGUUUUAUAGCAAAGUAGUGGAUCCUUGCUAGAAAUAUUCCAUUUUUAUGUGUGAGAAAUAUUUGACCUAUAAAUUAAUUCGAUACUUUUGGAUUUACUCAUUCCUAUUGAAAUCGCCAUCUUUUUUUUUGGUAUUGGAAGUGGUUUUAGUAGUAGUUGGUCGAAAAAUAGACUAAAGUUAUAGAAACUAGUGAAGACUAUUUUGACAAUUAAGUUUUUAUAUUAUUUUAUUUAUAAAUAAAGUUGGAAUUUUGUAAAGGAAGAUCCACACCGAAUCAAUUUAUAAAUCUAAAUAGAACACGCUAAGCCAAUCGUUACCAGGAAAUUCUUUUGGUCAAUUCUUUUAAUAUUCGAACGAUUGAAGUUCAGGUUCAAAAACCAUACCGUGGCGGAAUGGACUCUAGGAUUACUUACGAAUUUUAAUGAAUGGAUUUUUUUUUUAAUAAAGCCGAUGACGUCAAUCUUUUUUAACAAGAAAUUACAUUACGCGAAGCAAUUCUUAGCUACGCCAUUCAAUUGCCAUACGAGAAAAAUCGUAAAAUUAGUCUAAGCAGUUUAAGAAAAUUGCUCUCUUUCGAAUCGUUAAAUGAGCAGAACACGCACGUGUCGAUGAAUUCCCGUUGCCUCGCGCCCACCUUCUAGCCUAAAGGUUUUCGGUUUUUCUCUCUACAGACUUCGCUGAGGAGACUUCGCCCCACCAUCAUCUUCAUUAUAAUACCGCGGGACAUUUCAGAACCGUUGGUCGGGCUCUGAUCGACUCGUACGAUACAGUUGAUCCGUGGUCAUCCAGCAGGAUAGAAGGAUCCACCUGGAAAGCCGCGAGGCCGAUCAGCUCCUCUUCUUCCACGUUCUCUUUCUUCCUCCCUUCCUGAAAGUGUAUGCGACAAACGUCAACAUCUCGGAGCUACCAUGAGUUUAUCUGGAAGACUAGAGUGUCGCAUCGUCUGGUUUCUCUGACGGCCGACGGAGAAAUGAAAAUGCAAAAGUUCACGUAAUAACACAAUUUCUGCUCAGAUCAAAACGUUUCGAAAACGUUAACGUGAUCGAAUAACGUGAGAGAAUCCAAUCCGUCCGAAUGCCGAGACGAGUACUCGAGUUCAUGACGAAUUAAAUUCCUGACAUUUCUAAAAAUGUCAGGAGGAUCUUGACAGAGGAUUUCGUUCUUGCUUUCGUCCAAGAGAGAGAGAGAGAGAGAGAGAGAGAGAGACCCAGUCGAGUAUUUUGCGAAUUAAUUUGCCUGUCGGCAAAAUCAAGAGAACCGAAAAGAGGAGGAACUCUCUUUUUCUCAGCUGAUCCUGGCGAGAACGAGAGAUCCAAAGAUUCUUAGCAUCGAGCUUCGCUGAUUACGUGAAAUCGGUGAGGCUCGCAUGAAUUUUCUGUAAAUACCAAAUAAAAAUCUUUUCUGUGAACACUUGGAAGAUAAAUACGUGGGGCACGAUGCGUCUGCCGUUUUUAAUUCUGCUCGUACUUUCCGCGCACGCCGAGAAGGAAACGUCUAUCGAGACGCCGAGCGGUGUCUCAGAUGAGCCGAUUUUGCGAGUACGAAGCUUGCCAGCGACGACCAAUGUGGUCGAAAAGAACUGGACCAGCUUGGCGGAGAUGCUGGACGUUUUUAGUGUGCGUAAUUUAGUAAGAAAUUGGAUCGAAGGAAAGUACCCCAUCGGAGCACAAUGCGACAAAGACAUCACGAUGUACGUCGAGGGUCUGAAGAACAAAGAAUUGUGGGCUCUUAAAGUCGAUGAUGCAUCCGGUAGAUUCACCAACGGAUUUUUCUGGGGUAACUCUUAUUUUACGGGAUCAGCCAGCGAAUGUGACUAUAUCGGAAAGAACGCUGUACAUGACACAUAUUCAAAGAACUAUAUAAAAAAUUCCAAAGAUACUACGUUCGAGGAAGUUCGUGAAUUUAACAUGGAGCCACGAAAAAGAAUCAAUAAGGGUCUUAGUGGAACCAAUAUCUGGACUCAAGCAAACUCUGUCGAAAUGCCUUUCCAAUUGGGAUUUUAUAUGCUGAAACUUUCUGUAAAUGUAUCCUAUGCACCAACAAGACUGAUUCACUUGGGCGUUUGUCUACCGUAUUCGUGUUCUGCUUCCGACGUCGCCGUGAUCGGAAAACUCGCUGCGAGCGAGUUUGCAGCGAAACACUCAUCAAUUGAAAAAGUCAGAGACCAGCACAAUCCGUAUGACAUGUACACAGAUCCGAUUUUCUGGAUUCUAUCGGGUGUCAGUGCGGUGAUGCUGAUAUUGAUGAUCCUCGGCACUGGGUACGAUUAUUAUCUAUCAAAAAAAUUAGCUCCCAAGAAAAAUGUAAUCUAUGAUUUGGAGAAGCAUGGAAAACUCGAUCAUCUCACUAAUGGCGAUCGAAAGAUAAAUGCUGUUCAAGGUAAGGCCUACCUUCCUGUUCCAGUGGCAGAUUCUAGCAACGGCACACAAUCGAUUAAUAAUAACAACGGUCACGAGAAUGGUUUGCAACCGUCCCCCAUCAAGGAGGAGCAACAUCUUAGCAUCUUCGAGGAGCUUCUUCUUUCAUUUUCCGUUACUGCCAAUAUGAAAAUUAUCUGCGACCGUAACGUCGGAGGAGACACAAUUAGCACCGUACACGGACUGAGAGCGAUAUCGAUGGCCUGGGUCAUCCUCGGACACACAUGCAUUGUCGUUUUUAAGUACUCGGACAACAUGGAAUAUCGCAAAGUGGUGGAGAAGCGAUUCCUCUUCCAGACUAUUACAAACGGGGCUUUUAGCGUCGAUACCUUCUUCUUCAUGGGCGGUUUGCUCGUGAGCUUUCUGUAUUUCAGAACCAACGCCAAGGGAGACCUGAAGAGACUCACGCAAGGCACGCGAGGCUUCGCCUCGGGCACCCUGAAAUUCAUUGGGCUUCUUUUGUACCGAUUUUGCAGGCUCACCACGCCGUACAUGUUUGUGCUGGGUGUAGUCGAGGUCUCGAUGAAGUAUUUCUACGCAAAUUCCGUUUUCGAGCCGCCCACAGCGGAUCAUUAUAAUUGUCCAAAUUAUUGGUGGAGGAAUUUGCUUUAUAUCAAUACCUGGUUUCCCGUCGAGCAAAUGUGCAUGCUUUGGAGUUGGUAUUUAGCGGACGAUACACAGUUUUACAUUGUGGGCGGAGUGAUAUUGAUAUUGGCUACGAAUCAUUUCAAAAUCGCAGCUUGCGCAUUAGUUAGUCUAUUAAUAAGCUCGUGGGCAACCACCGGUUACAUCGCUUUAGUCAAUAAUCAUAUGCCAAGCUCAGACGAUCCCUUGGCCCUCUUCGACAAGAUCUAUGACAAGCCGUGGACGAGAUUGGGCCCCUAUCUGAUCGGCAUGUCUGUCGGUUACUUCCUCUUCAAGACUGAUUGUAAAAUGAAAAUGUCUAAGACUACCGUCGUCGUGGGAUGGCUCUUAUCUUCCGCAUGUCUUUUGAGUUUGCUUUAUGGUCUAUACGAAGCGGAACUCGCGCCUGUGACUGCAGCUGCGUAUUCAUCGUUGAGCCACAGCGCGUGGGCGCUAGGUCUAGCGUGGAUUGUAAUAGCGUGCAGUACUGGUUACGGUGGAUAUGUAAAUAAGAUUCUGUCGUGGCCACUCUUGUAUCCAUUCAGCAGAGUGACCUACUGCUCCUACUUAGUUCAUCCGCUUGUAAUUCGUCUAACUGCUAUGAAUUUAGAUUCUCCAUUUCAUCUAGGAAAAGACAUAGUGAUGAUAACAUUUUUGGGACAGCUUAUACUGUCGUAUGCGCUAUCGUUUGUAGUAUCAGUCACUUUUGAAGCACCGGUGGUCAGUAUGUUGAAGAUUCUCUCGCCAAAAAAGCGAAAACGUAUACAAUAGAUAUUAAAAUAUGUAUUUAAUGUGUAUAUCAUAUGACCGUACAAUUAUUUAUACAAUCUUAUCUAUACAUUAUAUAUAAUAUAAUUUCAUAAAGAUCUGCAAAGAACAAUGGAAUAUCGGACCGUUCUUACGUACACACAUGUAUUAAUGUAUCGUUUAAUUUGUUUCAAACAUAUUUGAACAACAUUUUACAUAUAACAAUGUAGACUUUUCUGUGUAUUGCUAGAUAUAAAAUAAAUUAUUUUUCUUUGUA